UGUGUGUGCGGGUGCGUACGCGGCGCGAGUGGAAGUGAAGAUGGCGGACGGCGAGGAGGCCGAGCGGGAGACCCGCGGCCAGAGCUGCAGCCCCUCCGCCCUGAGAGCGCUCUCCGCCCGCCUGGAGGAGCUGUCCGCGGCGCUGAGGGCCGGCCCGGAGCACGGGGAGCGGGAGGACGCCACCGCGCGGUACUGCCAGGCGUUCUGUCAGACCCUGUUCGAGUGUGUGAGUGUGUGGAGGUCAGACGAGGACCCGUGGCCUGUGCUCGAGAGUUACCGUGUGGCGCUGCUGAGUUUUGCGCGAGUCUCAGCGUACUUCUCUGUCCGGAGCGAGAGCGUCAGUGUGGUUCUCGAGAGACUGUCGCUGAGUUGUGUGGAGCUGCUGCUCUCCGUACCCGGGCCUUUUCCAGAUGCAUUAUGGGAACACUUUCAGUCCUCCAUACAGGCGGCGCAUGCACUGCUGCAGGACGGCGGCAUCACCCAGCUGCACCUGCUCUCUGCAGCCACUCGGGAGCGCGGGAUGUGGAACAGCUGCACACUACAGAGCCUCCUCAGGAAUGAGACGCCUGCGCAGGAGGAAGUGCGUGAGUUUCUGAUGCGUGAAGGACCGGAGCUGGUGCAGCUCAGGGUGAAGUUCCUGAUUAAAGAGAACUCCAUGGAGAAGGCGGCGCUGCUGGCCAAGGCCUGUGCCGAGUUCCCCGAGUUUGGGGGAGGCAGAGGAUACUUUAAACAGAGCUACCUCGUGUGUGUGUGCUGUUUUGCGCCACAGGAGAUGCUCAUGGAGGAGCUCUCCCGGGUGGACUGUCAUGAUGCUCUGGAGAUGAUCUGUAACCUGGAGGCAGAAGGAGAUGAAAGAGGAGCGUUUACGCUGUGUUCAGGCUUUCUCACCCGACAGCUCCUGCAGGAGGACUCGUACUGCGCCUGGGAGCUGACGCUUUUCUGGAGUAAACUCUUGAAGCGGUUGGAGCCGUCCGAGCAGAGCUUCCUGGAAAAGUGCCAGAAGAUGUCUCUUCUCGCCAAAACAGUGUUCCAUCUGCUGUUCUUUAUUAAAGUCAUCCAGUCUGAGUUGGACAAGAUAGGAUUGCCAGCCUGCAUCGAGAUGUGUAUACGCGCCCUGAGAAUGGAGUCCUGCGAGGGAGCCGACAAAGCUACCAUCUGCAAAACCAUCUCGUGCCUCCUGCCCUCUGACUUGGAGGUGAAGCGGGCCUGCCAGCUGACAGAGUUCCUCCUGGAGCCCACCGUGGACUCCUAUUACGCCGUGGAGACACUGUACAACGAGCCCGACCAGAAGCUCGAGGAGGAAAACCUUCCCAUACCCAACUCUCAGCGCUGCGACCUUUUCCUCGUUUUCAAAACACAGUGGCCUUUUGAUCCAGAGUUCUGGGACUGGAAGACGCUAAAGCGUCACUGUUUAGGUCUCAUGGGUGAGGAGGCUUCUAUCGUGUCCUCCAUCGACGAGCUAAACGACGAUCGCUUCGUGGAGAUGGAGAAGGAGGAUUCGGACCUGGCGCCGGAGGAGUUUAAGGACGUGUUCGAGUGCUUUCUGGACACGACAAAUGGACUAAAGGAGAUCGCCGACCAGCGACAGAAAAACAGAGAAGUGAAGAAGCUGAGGGAGAAAGGAUUUGUGUCGGCCAGGUUCAGGAAUUGGCAGGCGUACAUGCAGUACUGUGUGUUGUGCGAUAAGGAGUUUCUCGGUCACAGAAUAGUGCGACACGCACAGACUCACUUCAGAGAUGGGUAUUAUAGCUGUCCGAUUUGCACAGAGGCGUUUGAGAUGCGAGAGACACUUGACCCGCAUGUCGCUUCGCAUGUAAAGCUCUCAUGUAAAGAGCGCUUGGCUGCAAUGAAAACCACUAAGAAGCUGGCUGAUGCGAAAACCUCUGCUCCUGAUAUCGGUGCUCUGAAAAACAAAAGUGGAGAAAAUCAGGCGCGUAAGGCAAAAGCUAAAAACUACAUUGGAGAACCUGGCCUGGUGUACAACGGAGAAGCUGCCGGCUCCCAGGUUUCUGGCGUCAGGCCGAACGGGAGCGAGAGGAACGUCUGUCCUGUUCCGAACUGCAGGAAAGGGUUCAAGUUCUUUCGCAAUCUUCUCACUCAUGUGAAGGAUCACGGGGAAGUUGAAGAGGCAAAGCGCUUCCUCGAACUGCAGACCACGAAGAUCAUUUGUCAGUAUUGUCGCCGUCAUUUUGUUAGCGUCAGUCACCUCAAUGACCAUCUCCAGGUCCACUGUGGGGCCAAGCCUUACUCGUGCAUUCAGCUGAACUGCAAAGCUAGCUUUGACACCAGCGCCGAUCUCCUCGUUCAUAGCAAAGGACAUCCGGUCUUUAAGGCCAGGUGCAUGUUCCCAGGCUGUGGAAAGAUCUUCAACGAAGCGUAUAAACUCUAUGACCACGAGGCACAGCAUUACAAAACGUUUACCUGCCCAGUGGCGGACUGUGGUAAAGUGUUCCACACACGGUCGCAGUUAGAUUUGCACGAGGAAAGCCACAAUGUUAAGAAAGUGGAGACACAACCUACUGAGAGCAGUGGCACACCUCUUGCAGAGCCUGAGCCACACCCAGCCAUGGAACCAACCCGUCAGGAUGUUUACCGUUUAGGGCCUCAGAUGAAGUCCAGCUGUAUGAUGAACCCUGCGGAUCACUCGGCACAUCUUGUGAAAGUAAAGCACUCCAUUGAAAACAUGCUCGGCCCUGCUGGUCACGGUCCCAUGCAAGAAUUCAGCCUCGUGAAGUGCAAAACCGAGCCACCCGAUCCGACCGACGCGCAGCAGCCUCAGGUCCCAUGUGUGGAGCUCCGGCACAUCCAGUCUCCAUUAAAGCCUCCCAUGGCGCACGUGAAUGAACCCAGAUCGGAAGAAUCCUUGUUAGAUGUGCUAAUGAACGAUCAGUUGCUCACUCCUUCAUGCUCACUUCCAUCAGAACCUUCAUAUCAGAGCCUCCUGGAGGACUUUCAGCAAGCUCCGUCAGGUGAUGUGUUGCAGGCGCAGAUGGAGUCUGCUGUUUCACAGAGUCACACUCAGCCCUUGUACGGAAAUGAAAACACUGAAUACACUCAAUAUAAUCCCAGUCCUGUAACCCCGAUGCACACACCACACCCAGUACCAUAUGGGAACGAUAUGGUUCCCUUGACGCAGUCGGCUCAUAACAGUCCACCAGUCAUGCCUGUGUCUCAGAGACUUCCUCCACAAGUCGCCCCUUUUCCCACUAACAGACCGGUACAGCCCCUGCAAGCCAACACUCUUGGUUCUGCGCUUGAAGAAAAGGACAGAUACAGGUGUGCGUACGAGACGUGUUCUCGAGACUACAGCUCUUACAGAAGUCUAACCAAACACAUGAAAGCUGCUCAUUGUGAGUUUUAUGCACAAUGGAAACUGGCAAGGAGGAACAGUAAAGCUCCAUCAGUUAUGAGCAGAGCUGCGUCCAUGAACGGGAAACAUGUUUCUUCAGGACCUGUCCAAAACCAGCUGGGUCAGAGGACUACUGCUUCCCAGGUGUCGGAGCAGAAACCGCCUGCUCAACCACACUACUCAACAAGCUGUAUCAACUCCAGUUACCCUUCUGGGUCUUCCAAUUUAACCAGUCCUACUGGUCAGACUUUUCCAAAUCAAAUGGACAGCAUAUUGGAUCCCAUUGUGCUCUCGCAGCUAGGAAAUGCUAGUACAAGUCAGCCUCAUAUAACUUCUCACUCUUCAUGGAACAGUUCGCUACAGCAGCAGAAUUACCAAUCGCAAGCCAUGAUGACUUCUUCUGGUCAUUUCUCCUCGCAGAUGGACACCGCAUUGCAAAACCAAGUGCCAAAUACAUAUAAUGAAGAUAUGACCUACUCCUCUGUGCAGCAUCAAAACAGUCCCUCAUGCCGCUUCGUUCAGACCCAACCGGGCGUUACUCAAACUAUAAGCAACCCAGCCAAAAUAGGCCAUCCUGGUGAUUUAGCUGCGAUUCCCUACAUUCAGCAAACAAAGACCAAUUCUGUACCAGUUGUUAAACAUACUGAGUGUGCUGUAAAACUGGAGAGAAACCCAGAUUUGGUUCCCUCCUCACCAAACAAAGUGCCCUCCACGCGGAGCGACUCUCCUGCAGCCAUGAACUCUCAAACUUCUCAAGAUGAUAUCAACAGUUCUGCCCAGGAUGGUGACAUCAAAAAAAGGAAGCGAAGCAGCAGAACAAAGUGGCCCGCCAUCAUUAAAGACGGCAAGUUUAUAUGCUGUAGGUGCUUUAGGGAGUUCCAGAGUCCUAAAUCUCUGGGGGGACAUUUGUCUAAGCGUGCUGUCUGCAAACCCUACGAUGAAACGGUCCUGUCUGCGGAUCUUCCCAGUUCGUUUCUUGAGCUUCUGAACUCCCCUCACCCAUCUGACACGCCUCAGUCCUCACCUUCUGCGCAGGUCGGCUCUAAUCAGGCUUGGCCUUCAAUGACUAAGGGCCCGCUUGACCCAAAAUUGUUUCCUAACGUUACUUUUCUAAACACUAAAGAUUCCAUGUAUAACAGUGACAGCAAGCCAAGCGGUGAAACCAUCCCACAGAGUUCACCGAGUCUGGGCGAGUGCGCUGGUGCACGCCAGCAGACCUUUGCAGGCUCGUCUGUCUCUUACCCUCAAGACAACCAAAACAGUGUGAUUCAACACACCGGAAAUAUCAAAGACAAGCAUCAAAUGAAUUACACUCAGCUUCGCAACCCCUUGCCAAGUCAAAGUGUGUCCUCAGAUAAACUUUUGUCUCGCUUGUUAAGUGAAAACCAAACUUCUGACUCGAACUUCAGCAGGGGUUCCACUAAUCGUAUUGAUCGAAUGCUUCAAGCUGAAACACUAAACAAAAUUAAGGAGAUUAAAGAUAAGACUACAUUUACAAACGCCAGUGGAUUGACCAAUGAUGGGCUUCUCGCUGCCAUGGCUAGUCUUGCUCAAAAUCUGAUGUCGGAAAAGAGUGUUAAAGAACGGCUUCGCGAACAGAUAUUAGCUGGAGACUUUCAAAAAAGAAGCAGUUCAUGUCAAGGACAAGCGGUCGAUAAUUCAAGUGUACAAAGUGCAAUAAUUAAUGUCCCACAAAACACAGCGCAUGUAAUUAAAAAAGCUCUGCAGAGUGAUGAGCCUAAUGUUGGAAGUGGCAUUGAACCCAGUGAACGCAUCACCUCGGGUGGGAGUGUCCUAUCUGAGGAUACACCGAUAGAAAUUCCCCUGGCUUGUGCUUCUAACAACAAUGCUUAUAAUAAGCCACAAGUACAAGAAGACGAUAAUGAAAUCACAGAAAUACAGAAAGCUCUUGAAAGACUGGAUCUAGAUAGAGAAAUAAAACACCAUGACCAGCCCCCUACUGUUCCUCUAGAAAUCGAAGAAGUACCUAAGGCCUCCGAAGCUACGCCCGUUUGUAUCAGCCGAGGCUAUUCAUGCGACAGUGACGGCUGUGGUUACAGAGCUAUGACAAAAGACGCUCUCUUUAAACAUCUAAUGAAACAGCAUAACUAUACAGAGGAAAUGCUAACUCAGUGUCGGAAGGAACAGUUUAACUUUGCGCCUUUUAAUUGUCAAAUAUGUCCAAAGACAUUCACACGAAACUCCAACCUCAGAACCCACUAUCAGUCUGUUCACAACUUCUCACACGAGCAGGUUGUAAAGUUGGGGAUUACACGCCAGUACAGUCGCAAGUCCAUGGAGGCUGAGCAGAGUCUUAGUGCCCCUCUGAACAUCUCGGAUUUGCCCCGUCUGCCAGCCCCCAGGUUCCCCUCUGCUGGACAGACUGGUCCUGGUGUCCUGGGUUUGAUGCCUGGCGUUGAAAGCAUUAAAUCAGAAUGCAGCGUUCAACCUUUUAAACAGCAUGUUCCUGUUGCUUCUGGUGACUCUGUUAUUGCGGGGACUGUACAGAGAGCGAACCCAGCUCCAUAUCUUCUUCAGAGUCAGGCUACUAUGCAUCCAUCAGUGAUUAAGGCCGUUCCUUCUUUGUUAACCUCCGCAAACGCGGGUCAGCAGUUAAAUCGACAAAACGGGUUUGUGCCAGGAUCUCUCACACCCUUUCAGCACACCCAUGUUUUGCCUCCUGCAGGUCUGUUGCCUUCAGGUGCAUCACCUGUCCCUCCUUUAGUCCCAGCGCAGUUGGGCAGCCUGACUCCAGAUAAGAAGCCUAAACUGGGAAGGCCUAAAAUGCCAAAACCGAAAGAAGCGAUCAAGAAGACUAAGGAGAAAAAGAUGGACAUGGACGAUGUUUUUAGUCCCUAUCGGCCUUACCGCUGCGUCCAUCAGGGCUGUGUAGCUGCCUUUACCAUCCAGCACAACCUUAUUCUUCAUUACAAAGCCAUCCACCAGUCUGCCCUCCCCAAAUUUGAAGAUAAUGGAGAGGAUGGACAGAUUGAGGAGGAGGAGGAGGAGGAGAAUAACGAGGUCGACGAGGAGAACGACAUGCCUAGUGGUGAGCUCGGUGAGGUGUCAGAGUUUCGUUGUCAAGUCAAAGACUGCUCCCGAAUAUUCCAGGUGGUUACAGAUCUGCUGCAGCAUUAUCUCCACCUCCACAAACUCAGCCUCGACAAAGCAGGAGCUAUGAUGUCCGGCAUGAACCUGGGCAGGUUCCGCUGUGACCAAGCAGAUUGUGACGUUACCUUCACAGGGUUCUGGAAGUACGUUAACCACGUUGAAAACGAACACAAAAAAGUAAAGCUCUCCAAAACUGACCCUGUUGAUGGAAUGUUCCAGUGUGAGGUCGAGGGCUGUAGCUGUGUUUACACCACACGGUCAAAUUUGCUGCGGCACAUCAUGAAAAAACAUCAAGACCUUUACAAACUUCGACUGUUGAACUCAAAAGGUGUCAGACUUGGCCGUCCUCCAAAGAACAGCUUAGUCUCACUGGAGAAGGAAAAUAGAGAAGUUAAUAAAAAACCAAGUCAGAAAGGUGGUGAGAAAAAGAAAAAGAAACAAAAGAACCUUUGGACGAAAUACGGAAACCCGAUUUUAAAAACAAAAGAGGAGGCAUCUGCCAUGUGCACCAAGAGGAUUCAGUUGCAGUACCCAUGCAUGCUUAAAGGCUGUGAGACGGUCACGUACUCUGAGAGAAAGCUUAUGAAGCAUUACGUCCAGCACGGCCUGCCCAAACAAUACCUGGAGGAGCAGAGGAGCAACUACAUCUUCUGCAAGAAAAUGGCUCGCUCCAAGUACAAACGAAUUGCGUCACGGAGCGACGAUACUGACAAGUCUGACGAAAGCUCUAUCGAAGCAUCUGAGAACGAGGAAGCUCUCGGACCGAGUGAGUCAGAGUUCUCAAAGCUGACAUCUGAAAAGGAGAGCACAGAGGACACUGAAGUUUCGGAUGCCAAGUUGUCCAGUGAUUUGAGCUCGGAAAUCUCCGUGGUGGUCAAGCGAAAGAGGGGCCGUCCACGCAAGGGGGAACGUGUCAAACAUCUGCAUUUGGCACGCAAGAGAGUGACGAGGUUAAGAGCAGCGCAGACUCACUCGGUCAACUAUGCAGACAUUAAUUCUGACUCGACUUCGUCCAGCGCCACGCUUCCACAAGAGCAAACCGCAACAUUGAGCUCAUUCAAGCCCAUGGGCUUCGAAGUCUCCUUCCUCAAGUUCCUGGAGGAAUCAAGUCAGUCCACUGGAAAAAGCAAGACAACAACUUCUUUAGUACACCAACACAAGAAAUUCCCAAACGUGCAUCUCAAGACGGCCUCGGUGGUGUGCAGCAGGAUCAAUCCUGAUCAUCACUGCCGCGAUGUGCUGAAACUUGUUGAAUUUAAAAACCCCCAGAGGCUUACGUCUCUCAGCAAGGUGACCUUCGAGGUGCACAGAAGCUUCUCAAAUGUAUUCGAACUUUUGCUCAAGCAGCUGCAUGAAAUGCGACCUGCAGUGGUCAUUCAAAAAGAGGGCGUGUCCAAUGCUACCGGGUAGUUCCCUGGAUGUGGGGGGUGGGGUUGGGGCGGGUCGUCGGCUCCCGUGUUACUCUUUUGGCAAUGUUAAAUGAUUAAUAGAUUGAGUGGGUAAUAAUCUGUUGCAAUGUUCUGAAAGCCCUUGAUGUUGAAUGCUUCUCUUAACAUCUGCUAAUCCCUCAAACGAUUGUGUAUUAAAUUUUUUUUUUUGAAGUUUGUUAAUUAAAACAGUUAAUAAUGAUAUACCUCUUACGCAUGCCCUUACGAAGUUAUCCGGCACAUGUGGUGGUCGAUGUUGGAAAUGAAACCCCUUAGAGGAAGUAUUUUAAUUUGUUGUGGAUCCCCGUAGGAGUUUACAAUUGAAUUAGCUUCUGUUGCAGAUGGACUGAUGAUCCUGUAGUGCAGUGGUGAGCUGUAGAUGGUAACCAUUUUAGUCUUGUUCAUCUUGCAUUGUAAAUUUUGAACGUCUCUAGCGUUGUCUGUGUGUGCACAUACUGACCCUCUGGAUAAUUUACUGCCACCAGCAGUCUGUACCUUAAACAACAGAGACCAAUUUAUUACAGCUUGCCUUUUCUA